AUGACUACCCGCCUGCUACAUCCUGAUGAAUGGGAGCUCAAUUCGAGGUCCUCGGUCGACUCACAAGGAACCUUCAACCUCGACGAGGCGGAUUUUGAGUCCCAAGUUCCUUCUUCAUCCCCAUUCAAGAGACAUCGACUGCCCUUUUUAUCCCGGCUCUUUUCAACGACGUCAGCGGGUUAUCGCCGCCUGAAGUCCAAUUCCAGACCGGCUUUCGCGGGCUCGGCACGGCCGAACUGCUCCCGUCGCUUCUUGCUCCGCCGCUUUUGCUAUAUUCAUGUUGUCUUCGGUAUCGUUUUCGUGCUCGGACUCUUCACGUCUAUACUAUUCCCCUCCUACACACACCCGCCGGCGCACUACGCAACUCUUCGCAAGUCAGUACUGGAGAAAUCAUACUCUGGGAGAGGAAACCUACGGAAUGAGAAGGUCUUCAUCGCAGCGAGUCUUUAUGACAACGGUGGAGAAUUAGCAAAUGGACAAUGGGGAGAACAACUGCUCGAGUUGAUACAUCUGCUCGGAAAUGAAAAUGUAUUCCUCAGCAUCUAUGAGAAUGAUAGUGGCGAAGAUGGAGAACGUGCGCUACACGAGUUGGAACAAAAAGUGCAAUGCCAAAAAGCAAUUGUGUCCGAGAAACAUCUAGAUCCGAAGACUCUUCCGACAGUGACUAUACCCGGCGGAUCAAACCGAGUCAAGCGCAUCGAAUACCUCGCCCAAGUUCGCAACAAGGCCUUACAGCCACUGACCGAAAACCCGGAUGUGAAGUACGACAAGCUUCUCUAUCUCAAUGACAUACUCUUCGAUCCCAUCGAUACGCUCCAACUUCUAUUCUCAACCAACGCCAACGAGGACGGCGUAUCGCAAUACCGCGCAGCCUGCGCCGUGGACUUCGACAACCCGUUCAAGUUCUACGACACGUACGCAACGCGCGAUUUGGAGGGCUACGGCAUGGGCCUUCCCUUCUACCCGUGGUUUACAUCAUCCGGCAAAGGCGAAAGCCGACGAGAUGUAUUAGCCGGAAAAGAUGCCGUACGAGUACGCAGCUGCUGGGGCGGAAUGGUAGCCUUUGACGCCAAAUAUUUCCAGUCCGGCUCCCCACCUUCAACUCCAAACCCAGCGCGCUUCCGUUCUGGAAAGGAUCUGUUUUGGGAGGCGUCUGAAUGCUGUCUCAUCCACGCCGAUAUUCAAGACACGCAGACCAAUGUUGAUGAAAUUACCGACACAGGCAUUUACAUGAACCCUUUCGUGCGAGUCGCCUAUGACCACCGCACUCUUUCAUGGCUAGGAGUAACUCGUCGUUGGGAAAGGCUCUACGCGUUCCUUCAUAAUCUCAUCAACCAUAUCGUCGGCCUUCCUUGGCACAAUCCACGCCGAGCUGAAGUCCCUGGUCAGAGUGUGCAGGAGACUGUUUGGAUUCCUGAUGCUGCUCAGGAUGGCGGUGGCGCUUUCCAGACUGUCGAUCGCAUCGCUGGCAAUGAUGGUUAUUGUGGUCGUCGUGGUUUACAGGUCAUUGUUGAAGACCGCAAGCCUGGACAGAAGGGGUUUGAAAAUAUCCCCGUUCCUUCAUGA